AUGAACGCCGGAACUUGUCAAUUCGCCGCUAAGAUUCGGAUCGCUCCGAUCAAUCAAGCUGCUCCCGUGUUCACGACAACCGCGUCGAUUCUCAGAUCUCUCACAAAAUAUUCGCCUUACAAGGCGAAUUCCAACUAUGAUUGGAGCUAUCUAAGCGAUCUCAAUCUGGCCGAUCCGAAUCCAACAAGCGCUGACCCGAUCGAAAUCCUGAUCGGAGCAGACUUAUAUGGCGAAUUGCUGCUUAGCGGCGUUCGUAAAGGCGCCCCUGGGCCCAAUUGCGCAGCAACCAUUUUCGGCUGGGUUUUGUCGGGGCCCAUGUCCGAGCUGUCGACGCAAUCGCGAGCGAUCACCGUUCAGCAUUGCGCGAAUUCGGAGGCUCUAGAUCAGGAGCUCAGACGAUUCUGGGAAAUCGAAGAAACUCCUCGACAGGCUCUCCCCAGCCCUGAAGAGCAGCAAUGUGAGGAGCAUUUCACAGCCACGCAUUCGCGCGGUGCUGACGGUCGAUACACAGUGCGCCUUCCGUUUAAGAACGGUCCGCCGAUCGACAUCGGCGAUUCGCGCCACACGGCUGAACGCUUCCUGCGAGGAUUGCAUCGUCGCUUCCUUCUACAUUCCGACCUUCGUGCGGCCUACGCCGAAUUUAUGCACGACUACGAAUCAUUAGACAUAUGA